UCCUUCUCUCUGCAUUUCCUCUCUCACAUUUCCUCUCAUUUUCACAUUUUUUUAAAAACUCAAUCAACAAUUCUCCAAAAUGUCUGCAGGAUUCUCAAAAUGCUGUAAAAUCCGUCACAUUGUCAGGCUCAGGCAAAUGCUCCGACGAUGGCGUCUAAAGGCCGCUUCCGCAUCUCGCUUAACCAACGGUGACGCUAGAAUUCCAUCUGACGUUCCAGCGGGAUACGUCGCAGUAACAGUCGGGUCAAGUUGUAGAAGAUUUGUAGUUCGAGCAACAUAUUUGAACCAUCCGGUUUUCAAGAAGCUCUUGGUUCAAGCUGAAGAAGAAUAUGGAUUCACUAAUCACGGUCCGUUAGCAAUUCCGUGUGAUGAGACGGUAUUUGAAGAAAUUCUCUUGUUCAUUUCACAUCCUGAGUCAUUUAGUAACUCAGCUCGGUUAGUGAAUCUUGAGGAUUUCCAAAGAUAUUGUCACGUUGGGUUAAAUUCUAAGUUUGAUUUUUGGCCUGAAUCUAGGCCUCUCCUACAUACACUUUCUGAGAAAUCUAUUUGGUAAUCAAAGAACCCUCGUUUUGGAUUCUUUACAAACUCGGAUUCUAACUCGAUUCUAUAACUCAGUAUUGACACGAGAAGCAGCGAUCGGGAAGAAGUGAGUCGAGUGGUGAGAAAAUGAAGAUAAUGGACAUUGAAAAUCAAGGUGAAAGUUUGUUUGAUGUAAAUUAGUUCUAUGUCCAAGCAUAUCGACUCCGGCGGAAAUUACUGAGUUGGAAUCGGAUCAGCAGAUAAUAACUAUUAUCUGGAUACGGAUCGGCACGAGUGAGUUAGAAAACGGGUUUAUUACAUUUUUCUUUUUCUUUUUUUCAAAUUAUAUAAGUUUGGCAAAAAUAUAUUUGCCACCCCGGAGAAUCCAUGGAGAUGGCAUUACUGAGUCAUCCCAAGUUCGAAUCGGAGGAAGAAAAAGAAAAAUACUACUACUAGGCAAACAAAUAGGAGAUGUUGAGAAGAGAACGAAGAGAAAGCGACUUCAUUUCUUUGUAAAGAUUUAUAUAUUUAUCAAAAUUUGAUCGAACAUGUAGAGAAGAAAUUUGAACAUGCUAUUUUUCUAUAGAAAUUGAACUGAGAUUAUUAAUUAAUAUUA